UUUCUGAUCAAUUCUGUUUCGCAUUCAAAUGUUUACAAAAUUUUAUGUGAAAUUGCAUUGUGUACAUGAAAGAUUUAAUACAAAAUGAAUAUAACGACUUUUUCUAACAAUAAUGUUCGUGGCGAUGAUAGUAGUCCUAUUAUUCGAGCUAAAACAUUUAAUAUACCAGAAAAAUGUUUCAAUAAGGGCGUAGGAUGUGCGUGGAGGAGUGGUAACAAGUUUUCUAUCUACCCACGCAGUCAAACUGUUUCGAAAACACCAAAAAAUGAUGUCGAAAACAAAAUACUCAAUAUACGUCACGAGAUUGUAUUAUUUCAUCCGAUUUUACGAAAACUGGUAAACGAAUCCAAUGGUACAUAUUUAUCUCUGCAGAAACUCGUCGAUUCUUCAAAAAAUAAUGACAAUCACGUGGAAUUAUUAAAACUUUCACGACAAUAUCGUUCUAUUAUAAGAGUGUGCAUUGAAAACUUGCAAGAAGCCCUUAAUGAUGCGAAAGACGGCAGCGACAUGAUCAAUUUACAAUCAUACAUUACAAUAUUUUAUUCUGUUGAAUGUAUUUGGCAUUUAUGUGAGAUCCUUUACAUAGAUAAGAUUCCCGGAGACAUUGUGUUGCCAUACCUCCUAGAAUGGGUUCGAUUCCAUUUUCCGUGCCAUGAGCAGACUGCAGCGCAGUUGCUGGAGGCCUGUGAGCGAGGUUCAGAAGACCACGAUGACUAUUGGGAUACUGUGAUUGGCAUGGUUGUGCAAGGGCGAGUAGAUGUCGCCCGAGCUCUACUGAAAUUAAAUUCAUUAUCAGAAACAAAUGAAUUUAAGCUUGUUGAUAAUUCAUUACGGAGUAUGCCUGUUUAUAGUAUAUAUGGUGGUAUAUCAACUGGGGAGUUUACAGUAACUUGGAAGCAUUGGCAGGCUGAAUGCAGAGCUAAGGUUACUAGCAGAGUGUUGGCAUCACAACCAAAACUUGAACUUAUUAUGAGAUUAAUCAUAGGAGAAUAUUCAGCAUUUGAGUCAAUACGUAGCACAUACACAUCGUGGUUUGAUAUGUUGGGAGGCUACGUAAUGUUCACAGCACCUUGGUCUAGGACUCAUGAGUUGUCUGCUGCAGCAUCGGCCUGUGCUGGAAUGGGAUCUAUGCCCUCAGGCUCUAGGCUGGAUAGGACUUUACGGGCAUUGUUGGAAGGUGAUAUGCAUCAAGUAAUUCAUGAAAUCCAGCAUAUAACAGAUAAUGGAUGGUUUGCAACACAUCUAUCAGACAUAUUGUAUCAUUGUGGAAAAUUAAAAGUAUUGGAUAAACACCAAAAUAAUGUAACUCAACGUCUCCGAGACAGUUUAAUUCUUGAAUAUGGAACCUUGAUAAUGGAGCACAAGUCACUCUGGUCCGUCGGACUAUCCUACCUUGCUUCAUGUCCCCCUGAAGGUCUAUGCCGAGCUCAUUUGUUGCUAGAGAGGAUUCCGAUCAAUACUCAUGCCAAAGCUAUGAGGGUUGUUGCUGAAGCUAAUAAAUAUGGACUUUUGGAAGUUGGCGAGGGCGUGUGGCGCGUGUUGUCGGGGCGGCACAGCGCGGCGGGGCGGGACGGCGCGGCGCUGAGCGCGGCGGUGCGCGGCGGCGCNNNNGGGCGGGCGGGGCGCUGCGCCGGGGCCGCGCUGCGCCACUACUGCCGCACCGGCUGCCUGCCCGCGCCGGACCUGCUGCUCACCGCCGGGCCGGCGCUGCUCAUUGACGAUACUCUACUCUUCUUAGGUAAAUAUUGUGAAUUUCACCGCAUGUACAAGAAUAAAGAGUUCCGAAAAGCCGCACAGCUCCUCAUAUCGCUCAUCACAUCUAAAAUAGCCCCAGAUUUUUUCUGGGAAACCUUACUGCUAGAUGCUCUACCGCUAUUGGAAUCUGACGAGGCCAUGUUCACGGCAGAUGACACAUAUGAUAUGAUGCUGUGCCUUGAGCUACGAGCCCAGAAUUUCAACCAAGAGAAAGCGGAACUCCUCAGAUUGGCUUUACUUAGGAACCUGGCACGGACUGCACUAGCCGAGAAACCUGAAGAAAGUACUCAGUGAUAAAGUGCUAUGUGUGUUGAGUGAUGCGUCUACUGCCGAUUGAUGCUGAUCAAUCUGGGAAGUUGAGUCUCAGUAAAACAACAAGAAUUGGUUGAGAAUUUAAGUUCUCAUUCAUUUGUUAUCUUACACCAUAACUUUAACAGGUUUUAUGAGAUUAAACCAUUAAUGUCAAUGACUUGUGACAUCUUAGAACCUUAAAUCUGAAAUGGUAUAGAAACUGACUUCAGGACAUUUUAUUGAGUAUAAUUACUGCUCAAGACAGUGAUAGCAUAAUAUUGUUUAUACCAUUUCUAAAAUUCUCUACCGUAAAGCAUAAUGGUGUGAUGAUAUUGCAGCAAACUUUGUACCUAUAAAUUAUUUAUUUAUGGUAUAUCUCUGUGAAAUGGAGUUAAGCGAACAGUUUCAAGGUCAAAUGUUCAACAAUAAAAAACAUAAAUGGAGAAUUGAAAGAAUGUUUAUUUGAAAUAGUAUGUAAUGUAAUAAUUUUUAUAAUUAAAAUGCCAUGCUCGUGUUUUGAUACUACAGAAAAAUAGAGACAUUGUUGAGGUCACAAUGUCUCAUAAUGAAUGGUUUGUACACAAGACUAUGUUUUCUAUUGAUUUCUUGUUACCGAGGGCCAAGCUUCCGUUGAAGUCAGCAAAAUCUAUUGUAAAUUUAUGAUUAAAAACUAUAGACUAAUUUAGUAAAAUUAAAAUGUGAGUGUUCAAAGUUGUGUGUAAAAUUGAACUUGAUGUUAUAAC